AUGUGGCAUACCGAUGUUGAUGACCAGCUUGGGGGCCUGGCGGUGGAGUGGCCAUUCACAACCACAAAAUUUACCCGCUUCCGUUCACAACCACAACCCACCCCCUUUCAACCAUUCACAACCACUAAAAUUAACCACAAUAUAUUUUUCCUUUUUUUUAAUGUCUUAUUUAUUCCCCCACAGGCUGCGUUGGCCAAAGAACCUGAAGUUCGACCGUGGGGCGGAUGGCGGCGCUGGUGGGAACAGCCCAACGAAAUCAACGGACCCACAGAAGGCAGGAGUCAUCGGCCUCAUCACGGGGCCCACUACCUCACCGUCGCUCCAGAGUCCGGCAGCAAGUCCCGGGCGGUGCUGGACGGCGGGUCGGGUUCCGGCGCCUCCCGCGUGAGCAGCAGUGUCCCCGGCGACCUGGCUGACCUGCAGGGCGGCCUGUACUCGCAGUGGACGAAGUGGUCGCGUUGCUCCCGCCGCUGCAGGCAGAGACGGCAGAGGUCGUGUCGGGUUCCGGCCGUGUGCGGCACCGCGCUCCUCAAGGAGGAAGAGGAGCUGCCGCGGCGGAGGUGCUCUGGCCGCCGCCCCUUCCACAUCAUCAAACCCGAGGAAUUCACCCGACAGCCUCCGAGGAACGACAUGAGGGUGCUGCUCAACUUCAACUCAAUGUUCUACACGAGGUGGUCCCGCUGGUCGGCCUGCAGCAGGUCGUGUCUGACCAGGAGAUACAGAUCCUGCAAAUACCCCUUGUUCUGGGCGGGAAGCGUGGUCAAUCGAGGAGGCCUAUUGCUAGUCGAGGGGUUCCCUGUGCGAGAAGUGGUAUCGGAGGAGCCGGUACCACCCCAGGAAGCACCAGACGACCGGGAGUAACG